UACGACCACCGCAGUGCCCCUCUCGCAUGUGCAUCAGCAUCUUGUUCCUGGCUGUGAGGGGGAUAGACUUCUAACCAGCUUGGAAGAACAAGAAGUGUACAUCAGCAUGGAUAAACCGGAUUUGUACAGCCUCGGGUGUGCUCCCCUCACGCAACUGGCUGGCAAACAGGUUGACGAGCUGUGGUCGGUCUUCACGUGGCCGAGGCAGCCAUUGCCGGUGCUCGACAUUGGCUGCGGGCCCGGUGACGUCACCAGGAAGGUUUUAGCCCCGCGGCUGCCACCGGGUACGAAGCUGGUGGCCUGCGAUAUCAGCACAAAUAUGCUGGAGUUCUGCAGGCAGCACAACGCACUGCCAGGCACCAUCACGUACGAGCAGCUGGACGUGGUUCAGCCCGACCUGGAGAACUCCGCCGUGUGGCAGUACGCGCCCUUCGGCAAGGUGUUCUGUUUCCUGCUCCUGCAUUGGGUGCCCGACAACAGGCGCGCUGUCCGGAACAUUCACAAGUUGUUGGUGCCUGGAGGAGAGGCUGUCUUCAGCAUUAUAGCUAACAUGGUGUUUUACACAGCGUUUGAAGAAAUGGCGAAAGACUCGCGUUGGGCGCGGUACAUGCAGGACGUGGAGCAGUUCGUAUCUCCGUACCAGCACAGUGAGGACCCAGUGAGCGACUUCCGCCAGCUGCUGCAGACUGAGGGCUACCAGGUGCUGCGCUGUGACGUCGCGCCGCAGGUGCUCUUCUACCCGAGUGAGAUGCAGCGUAGAGAAUUUCUGAAGUCCGUAUGUCCAUUCCUGAACCGAGUUCCGGAAGACCAGAAGGAUACUUUCUUAGAUGAUUGGAUACAGCGUAUGGAGAAACUGAAUGGAUUAUCAAAGGACGUUGGAAGCAGUGGCGAGCCGAAAUACUACAUUCACUUUAAUAUAAUGGUGGCUAUGGCCAGAAAACUGUAAUUGGGAGUUUUGCACCACCGCUUGAACAAGAAACAAUAUUUAAUAACGGAAAUGACAAACAACACAUGAAACGUCCCCUUAGAACAAUUAUACACGACUGUGCUUAAGCUGACACACAAUAUUUUUUAGCGCAACGCAAUCUGACUUCCAAAAAUCCCUACGAAAGAAUGGCCCAGACUAACAUUAACCUAUACGUUUCACAAAUCACUUACCUCACAAAAAUCUUCGUUACUCAAGCGACUGCAAUACAGCGUGCGCCACUACUGCCAGCUAAAUACAAGAUUCAAACUACUGAAGGCACUAAAUACUGAUAGGCAUAGUUAGCAAAUGAAAGAUUUAAUACAGAACAAACAAUGUAUUUACCUUAAUAGUCAAUAUAUAUAUAGCAGUUCAUGAUAUCCAGUCUUACAUAUUUCUAAACUCCGCCAUCUCUCUCCCCACGUCCACCACUGCUGGCAGCUCACAUCCAACUGCGCAACGCUACGCGCUGUUAACAGCCAACAGCCCAACACUGCAAUGGCGAGUAUUACAACAAUGCCAACCAGCCACAGACUACCCAUAGCACAGCCAGUGAUUUUCAUACAGAGGUGGUGUUACAAAUAAAAAAACCUAAACGGCCUACUUACAUAGCCCCUACACUCCCCACAAACAUUUUUACAAAUUGUUUUGGGCAGUGGCCAAUACAGAUUUGAAAAAAAUUUCAUAAUUACAAUAGCAAAGAAAUCAAAUUCACACACUUAUUGAUACAAUGUAGGUCAAAAGCUAAAAUUUUCUCACAGUCCAUAAAGAGAGACCUGAUCAUCCAUCACAGUAAAAUAGCAGUGUUUUUUUUCUCAAAGUCUGAGCAGUAAAAGAAAAUGCACAUGGAAGUAGUGGAUUUCCAUGCAGUUUUGAAGAAGUAGUGUUGUCCUUCCAACAGAAAGACAGCGCUGACUCUUGACAUGCAGACAGGUAAUGGGCCACAACAGAGCAAACCCACAGCAGAGUCAGUCGAAGGUUUUUAAAAUAUUGGUAGGUUGGUCAUCACAGAGCAGACCCACUGUAGUCCUAGUAGAGAUUACGGUAUUGGUGGGCCACCAGAGGUGUAGACCCACUUCAGUCCUUGUAGAGAUAUCCAGCAGCCAUCUGUUGCGACUGUGCAGGUGCACAAUCGCCAUCGAAGAGUCCUGUGGAGAAUAUAGCAAGUCCAUCAACCACCUCUUGUGCACUCACAAAGUUUUUGGAAUUGUCCUUAGAACCAGCAAUGCUGUUAACCAGUCCCUUGCUGAAUUAUCAAAACAUGUGCAAACACUAACAGUCCCUACUUCUCACAUAUUGUCCAUGUACUAUGACCAACAGAAACGUGUGCAGUGAAAUAAUACUUAAUUUGAAGAACUGGCGUCUAUACAAUUAUAAAUUUAAAACAUAAAAAUACAAUUACAAAGGCACAAAAUACAUCAUUAAAGAACAUAACAAUACAGAUAACGUUUGUAGUAAAAUGGGCUUUACAAAAGAAUAGUAAUAAACAUAUACAUCAGUGUUACAAUAAUUAUGACAUAAGUACAUCCAUAAAGAUCAGAAUAACUUUUGAAACAUCAGCUUCACACAUGAGCAUUAAAACCGAACAGAAUUAAUAAUGUCUAACAUCUUUACAAAGAAAAGAACAUAUUAUCAGAAAAAUUCUAUAACGGAAAUCUUAUUACCUAAACACAUAAAGACUGGACAAACACAGAUUCACUUAGUGUAAUAACACCAAAUGCAGGACAGGGUUUGUUUUCAGUGUGAUAUUUGGUACUAUAGUCGAACCCAAAACUUCAUUCCAUAGAUCUUUCGUCUUAUUUCAACAUUUGUUUCAACCAAAAACAUUCUUUCCAAGCAUGCUUUUUGUAUUUAUAUGUUCACAUAUUUCUUACCUCAUUAUUUAUUUCCAAGAAAAUCCUACCUAAACCUGUUGUCCCUAAACCCUACUUUUUGUGUUCCUAUCCUCUUUCAAAAUACUUUUUUGGCCAAACCAUUUUCUUAUAGCUUCUCAAUGCAUUCCUUCCAAUUCAUCGCAACUCAUUCUCUUAUAUAGUCUACCCCCUCUUAAGCUAACUUAAAUGUACUGAGCUCAGAUGCUUAACUAAGGAACGAUGCAAUGCAGCAGCAACUAACACAAACAGCAAUGACAAAAAUUCAAUUUGGCAAAGGAAGCCGCAAUAUUACAACUAAUAUAAGGCAAUGAGCAGCAAACAAGGAAAAUAAAUCAGUAGUAAAACUGCCUUAACACAGUAAUUCAAAGUGAAAUUUAGUAGGACUAUGCCUAGCAAACAGCAGCAGAAAAUGCAAUAACUUAUAUCUAAACAUGACAUAGCUCAAGCAGAAAAAAUAGUACACUAAAGACAACAAUGCAGAUAAGGGAUAUGUAUAUUCACAUCUUAAUGUCUAUAUAAUUAAAGUGGUGCACCAAAAAAACUUAUUAUAUAAAAUAAAUUACCAACUACUUGAAAAGAAAA